AUGAUCUUGCUCCUCUUCUUGUUCGGUCUGGCUCUGGGUGCUGUGAUUCCUCCAGAUGACCAGAGAGUGAAGCUACAGCGACGUGGCUGUCCCACGUCCUGGUACAACUUCAACGGCCGCUGCUACAAGUACAUCCGUACACUUAAGACCUGGUUUGGUGCACAGGUCCACUGUGCGUCAAUGGGAGCCAACCUGGUGUCGAUCCACAGUUCUCAUGAACAAAAUUUUGUCAAUGCCCUGAUCAGGAGUUUUGAUCCUUCAGCAAGAUCCACCUGGAUUGGAUUCAGUGACACCUCUCAAGAAGGCAGAUGGACAUGGUCUGAUGGAUCUGAAGUCAACUACGUGUGUUGGAGCACAGGAGAACCAAACGGUGGAACACGGGAAAACUGUGGACUCACUAGCUGGGGCUCAUCUUUCAGAUGGAAUGAUAUUUCAUGUUCAUAUUCAUACCCUUCUGUUUGUAGAUUGAGAUAA